CGGGCCUCGGGGCUGCCUAGACAAAAGGGAAACUGCCAUCGCUCUGGGCUCCUGUUCCGACCCGCCGUGGGUUCAUCCUACCGGCCCGGGCUGCCUCUUCGCCUCGGUCCCCCGCGGGCUGUGCCCGCAGUGCUCGGACCCCGCGAGCCGCGGGGCGCGCGUCGCUGCUGCUGGUCGGGGCUCUAGGGAUAAUAAAUGAUAGAGGAUACAAUGACUUUGCUGUCUCUGCUGGGUCGCAUCAUGCGCUACUUCUUGCUGAGACCCGAGACGCUUUUUCUGCUGUGCAUCAGCUUGGCUCUGUGGAGUUACUUCUUCCACACGGACGAAGUGAAGACCAUCGUCAAGUCCAGCCGGGACGCGGUGAAGAUGGUGAAGGGCAAGGUGGCCGAGAUUAUGCAGAACGAUCGCCUUGGAGGACUCGAUGUGUUGGAGGCCGAGUUUUCCAAGACCUGGGAGUUCAAGAGCCAUAAUGUGGCGGUGUACUCCAUCCAGGGCCGGAGAGACCACAUGGAAGAUCGCUUCGAAGUUCUCACCGAUUUGGCCAACAAGACGCACCCGUCCAUCUUCGGGAUCUUCGAUGGGCACGGCGGUGAGACUGCAGCGGAAUAUGUAAAAUCCCGACUCCCGGAGGCCCUCAAACAGCAUCUUCAGGAUUAUGAGAAGGACAAAGAAAACAGUGUUCUGUCUUACCAGACCAUCCUGGAGCAGCAGAUCUUGUCAAUUGACCGAGAAAUGCUGGAAAAGUUGACGGUAUCCUAUGAUGAAGCAGGCACAACGUGUUUGAUUGCUCUCCUGUCAGAUAAGGACCUGACUGUGGCCAAUGUUGGUGAUUCUCGAGGAGUCUUGUGUGACAAAGAUGGGAACGCCAUUCCCUUGUCCCAUGAUCACAAGCCUUACCAACUCAAGGAGAGGAAGAGGAUAAAGAGAGCUGGUGGAUUCAUCAGUUUCAAUGGCUCCUGGAGGGUCCAGGGCAUCCUAGCCAUGUCUCGAUCCCUGGGAGAUUACCCACUGAAAAAUCUCAAUGUGGUCAUCCCAGACCCAGAUAUCCUGACAUUUGACCUGGACAAGCUGCAGCCCGAGUUCAUGAUCUUGGCAUCAGACGGUCUGUGGGAUGCUUUUAGCAAUGAAGAAGCAGUGCGAUUCAUCAAGGAGCGCUUGGAUGAACCUCACUUCGGGGCCAAGAGCAUCGUCCUGCAGUCCUUCUACAGAGGCUGCCCUGACAAUAUUACAGUCAUGGUGGUGAAGUUCAGGAAUAGUAGCAAAACAGAAGAGCAGUGAGUCCUGCAGGGUCUCAGCUGCCCCAGACUAGAGGACUCUCAACAUACUGUUCUCUUAAUGUAAUAAAAGGUGUGGGAAUUAUAAUUAGGA